CAGUGGUUAGAGCUUCGCAUUCGCAGGCAGGAGGUUGUGUGUUCAAAUCCCACCCAGUGCGUGAACUGCGCAGGUGAUGACCUGCACCGCCCGUGCAAUGUGCCUGCGCGUGUUGCUCGCAAUGUGCCAACCUGCGCUGCCCGGAACCCGCGAUGCCUCCUCCCGGCUCUCGCCCGCAACGCCAAGAUGUUGAUCUGCGGGGAAUGUGCGCAGUGGGUGGGUGGGGGAGUGCUGACCGCCCCGCCCGUGUUGCUCGCAAUGUGCCAACCUGCGUCGCCCGGAACCCGCGGUGCCUCCUCCCGGCUCUCGCCCGCAAUGUGCAUGCGCGUGUUGCUCGCAAUGUGUCAACCUGCGCCGCACGGAACCCGCGAUGCCUCCUCCCGGCUCUCGCACGCAACGCCAAGAUGUUGAUCUGCGGGGAAUGUGCGCAGGGGGUGGGGAAGUGCUGACCGCCCCGCCGCUAAGAUGAUGAUCUGCGAGGAAUGUGCGAAGAUGAUGAUCUGCGAGGAAUGUGCGCAGGGGGCGGGGAAGACCCUGCGAAACCCUAGUCACAGGGGUGGCGGGCACGUUGUCCCGUAAUGAAACACUAAUAUAAAUACUCAAAACAAAAACUUCGAGAAAACUUCAAGAAAAUAAAACUUCGAGGAAAUUUCCAGAAACUGAAAUUUCGAGAAAAACGAAACUGUAAUGAAACCCUAAUAUAAAUACUCAAAACAAAAACUUUGAGAAAACUUC